UCACAUCCACACAAGCUUGGCAUUCCUGACAGCCUCCUUCAAGACAGCACCUAUAGCAUCACAGCUCGUGGCUUCAUACCGGCUUCCGCUGUUUACUUUCCUGACGCCACCGCUAUGGAAAAGGUGUCUGGUCCUUUUCUGAGCCGGCGUACCUCCUACGACCGGCUCGAUGCGGCUUCCUACCUUCCAUCCCGCGCCCACCACGGAUGAGUAUGAAUAUCCUAUUCCUUUCAGCAUCGACGCCAGCCGCCCUCGCGCUCGCCCGAGUCCUCGCAGCUGAAGGCCAUACCGUCUAUGCGGUAGACGAAGAGCGCAUUUGGGGAACUUCUCCGGCUAGGUACUCCCGCGCCUAUACACGCUUCCACCGUAUCAGCAGCUUCAAUACGCUUUCAGACUUGUGGCUAGCGAUUGGAAGUAGCAUUGACCUCGUGAUAACCUUUGGCGGCAUACCAGAACAGAUCACAGGGCUGAAAGACGGAGGCGCGGACAUGCUCGGACACAGGCUCUUCCAAGACGAGUACGAAUUCCAAGACUUUGUCAGAGACAAGGUCCUCAACACGCCGAACCGGACACCAAGUGUCGUCAAAGUACCCGUUACCUUCGCUAUUCACUCGCGGACAUGCAUCGCCGAGAUACUGAGCUGCUAUCCCUCCACCACGUUCUCCCUCCAACCAGCGGCGUACAACGCGACUGAUUACGACGAUGACGAAGACACACUUGUCGACCUCUCCUCCCUUCCCUCUCCGACAACGACGUCCUCUUCUUCUUCGACCUGCAUGAGCUUGCAAGAGGAGUCGCCUCUCAUUCUCUCCUGCUCGACCUUGGACGAUGCGACAGUCGAGGCUAUUAAAGACCUUCCUAUGUCAGAUGCCCACCCAUACAGGCUGACUGAGAUGGUUGAUGGAGGCACAGAGUACUCCGCCCAUACUUUGAUCAACGGCGGACACAUCCGGACUUUCAUCGUCACAACACCAGCCAGCGCCCAAGGGACACGUGAGCAGGACUUCAUUAUCGUACCAUCCUCUGAAGCACUUUUCACGGUUCUCUAUAAAUUCACGAAGCGCCUGGUAGAUGCGUUGGAGCCGUGGCACGAGGAGACAACGUACGCGGAUCCGCGCGCGAAGAAAAGAAAGGCGUUGGCAACGCAUAUAACGCUAAAGCUCAGCGUCAAAGAAGAAGUCAGAAACGGCGAACUGGUUCGCAGAGUCAUGCUGCUCAGCUGCUCUAACCAGCCACACCCAAGCCUCAUAUUCUUUUGCAAACAGCCUUCUUUGCGCCGCGACCUUGCGCUCGCGUACACCACACCCGAACUUGCCUCCGAUGCAGCGUUUCCACUCAUCCUUACGAGCACGCAGGAUGUCUCGGGCAUCUACUCGUUCCCCGCGGUAUUUGUGGAGGUCAUUCGCAUACUCCGUGGCUUUGCACCCUGGACACGCAGAUGGUGGGCAAGGGUAGCUUACCUGACGAUGAUGUGCUGGGUUUGGGCUGUUUGCUUCGAGGAAGAGAUGUGGGAUGCUAAGGAUCCGGGGCCGGCGCUUUGUUUGUGGACGAGGAUGCUGGUGACACGAGUUAUUGAAGAGGUUGGGCGCUUGUGGUGGGUUGGGGUGUUGAGGAGGGUCUUUCGCUCCGUGUGGAAGAGGGUGUAGGAUCUUUCUUCGCUGCCCGACUGCCGUAGGGCUUCGAUGUAUUGAACCGUUCUCUGACCGACUGCACUUCGAUGAUACCAUACUACAAACCUUGGGAGCGUCUAUCGGCUUCUCGGCGUUUUCUGGUCCGCUCUAACGGUUGUCAAGAGUUUAUUGGCGUUAGCCUCCCGUGGAACCUGUCGAUUAUUGAAGCUUGAUACC